GUUUUUUAGAGAUAUAGUUUUUGAACUAAUUCAGUGAGAUGUCACAUGAAACAGGCAUAGCUCCCGAUGAAAAGUUGAAAGAAGAAAUAGCGAGGUGUAAAACUUCUGGAGACGUUCGAGUCCUGAAAAUUGUUAUCAAGAAUGAAAAAAUGCUGUAUGAGAUGACAUCAAAUGUUGAGUCGGAUUUCAAAGAAGACUUCAAGACGUUGAUUCAAAUUGUUGACAAUGACUCACCCUGCUAUUUACUUCUACGUACCGACAUAUCAAACAAUUAUGGCUUCGAAUGGGUUCUCAUGACUUAUGUACCAGUGAGUUCUAAAACGCGAGAAAAAAUGUUGUAUUCAAGUACGAAGCCGGCAAUCAAGCGAGAGUUUGGUGGGAAUCAAUUGAAGACAGAAUACUUUGCCACAGAGAAGUCGGAUCUAACUUAUGAAAGUUACAUGCGAAGCCAGGAUAGAAGUGACAGACCUUUUACAGAACAAGAGAUAGAGCUUGAAAAAGUUAGAGAAGCUGAGAGACAAGCGAUGAGGGGAUUGGGAGAUAAAGUGAAGCUGUCAUCAAACAUAUCAUUUCCGCCAACUGAAGCCGCUAUUGAUGCCAUUACCAACUUCAAAAACGAAACAGCCAAUUUCGCCCAAUUUGUCAUCAAUGGGAAAGAAGAAAUAAUCGACUGCAUUUUGUCGGAGAGAAACGUCUCCAUGGAUGGAAUUGACGGACUUGUACCGCGUGACAGGGCAACUUAUAAUCUCUAUCGAGUGCCAGUGAGUGCCGCAGACGGAUUCAUCAAGGACCACCCUGUUAUUUUCAUUCAUGGGAUAUCUAAUGCUGGAACAGUGAAAGAGAAGAUGCUCUUUUCCAGCUGCAAAAGCACAUUCCUCCAAAUGUUGUCCAGUGACUCGGUCGGAAUAUCGAUCGACCGUAAAGUAGAAGUAGACAUAAAUGAUGACCAGAUCACAGAGCAAUUUCUACUCUCUGAAGUAAAAAUGAAGGAGCAGGCUGUCAAGAAGACUUUCGAGAAGCCAAAAGCGCCAGGGAGGCAGCGGGCAAAUCCAAAAGCUUAAUUUAUAUUUCAAAUAAAGUGAUAAAAUAAUAGUUGGUACAAACCGAUUAAAUUAGUAAAUGAUAUCUUGUCCCACCUAAGACAAAUUAUGACAUAAAGAAUUAUCAAAUUAAUUUACACCAUUAGUACUCAAUUUGUCAUGAUAAUUUUUUCAAUUUCUGCAAACUGUUUUCAUAUUGAUUCUAAUUCUCCUGCAUAAACCCAAUCCAAAAUUGGAUUUUUUACGUAGCUGUUAAUGUUGAAUUUCUAUAAUUAUUCGAAUGUCAUCUGUGCCAACUAUUUUUUUUAUCAGCAACAGAUGAAUGUAAACUGCUUCACCUUUCAUUGCCUUGUCAGACAAAUGAAACAAUAGAAGAACUGCUUGUGAUUUUCACAACAAAAAUUAAGCAUUGGUAGUUUUUCGAA